AUGACUCUCGUGAUAAUUCGUUUCUUGGAACUAAGCACUGAGGUCACCAAAGUUGGUAUUAAUCUUUGCUCUCUGUGGCACACAUUUUUCUGUCGUUAUGGGAAAUUUCAGUCUUAUUGGACGUUUUUUUUCGCUAACGAGUUCAAGGAUGCUAAAUUUUAUUUUAUCGAUAAAAAUUGUACGAGGAAAACGGCGUUAAUCUUAAGAUUAAAAUUUAUUGCUAUAAUGUUCCCUAAUUGUCAUUUUUAUGUAAUUAAACAUCUUUGUGUUUGCAUCUUCAAAUAAAAUUACAUGAAUUAUGUUGUCAUCGGGAUAAUUCGUUUCCUAAAAAUUUCACCGAUAUUUGAAAUCGAUUAGUUUCUGACAUAAAGAAUUCUUUUUCACAGAUGAAGACACCAUUCCUUUUAACAUUCCUGCUAGGAUGUUUUGCCCUGGCUAGGGCACACACGUACCACAUGGGCGCUUGCCCCAUUGUGGAACCAAUGUCCGGAUUUCAAAUGAACAAAGUAAGUGUAUGGUACGUAAUCCAGAAAACAUCGACCGCCAGCAAAUGUAUCACUUACAACUACACUCGUGGAGAAGAACCGGGCGAAUACGUUAUAACGCAAGAUUCUGAUCACCCAGUAUUAGGUAAGAAGAGAAUCCAGGAAAAUGAUGGCAAUAAACUGCGAACGUUUACUAUAGAUAUAUAUUUUUAAUGCAAUUGGAGAAAUAGAAUCUAUAGCAGCAUGCAUUAUUUACAUCUUUAACAUUUCGUAUGAACGUAUGAACAUUCGCAGUUGUGUAUGAUAAAGUAUUGGAAAAGUUAACAACGAAAGAAGUAAGGUUGGAUGAAAGAUUCGUGAAGACGUAAAGAAUGAUAGAGAUUUAUAAUAGUGGAUUCGAUGUUCUGUUUGUCAAACGAUAGUCGACGACGAAGCGUCGAAGAAGACAAGAUUUUCUUUUAAUAGACGGUACGGUCGCCGUGUAUAUAUGUAUAUUGCUGGAAGCUUUUGAAUUAAUAAAGAAGCAGAACGUCGGAUCUCAUCGGGACUCAUAA